UUGUGUUUUCACGCCAUAUAACUUUCUCAGCGAUACGGACGCCAGCGAGGGAGAAAUGGUUUCCCCGGUAACAGUGGUCAAGAGUGAAGGCCCAAAGCUGUUGCCAUUCUUCAAGGCAACCUGUGUAUACUUUUUCCUGUGGCUGCCGGCUUCAAGCCCAUCGUGGUUCAGCGCACUGAUCAAAUGUCUACCCAUCUUCUGCCUCUGGGUGUUUUUAUUGGCUCACGGGUUCAGCUUCCUCGGCGCUCACUCCAGUGCCCGCAAGAUCUUGGCCGGCCUCAUCUUUUCUGCUCUGGGUGAUUCCUUUCUCAUCUGGCAGGAGCAGGGCUACUUUGUCCACGGCCUCCUGAUGUUCGCCAUCACCCACAUCCUCUACUCGUCUGCCUUCGGGAUGAAGCCCGUGAACGCGUCUGCCGGCCUGGUGAUCACUGCCGUGUCCUCUCUGAGCUACAUGCUGCUGUACCCCUACCUGGCCGGCCCCUUCACCUACCUGGUGGCCGUCUACGUGGCUCUGAUCGGCUUCAUGGGCUGGAGGGCCAUCGCGGCCCUGCAGCUGGCCAACGACCUCUGGACCUGGACCAAGCUGUCGGCGUGCCUGGGUUCAAUGCUCUUCAUGGUCUCCGACCUCACCAUCGCCGUCAACAAGUUCUGCUUCCCCGUGCCCUAUUCGCGCGUCAUCAUCAUGGCCACUUACUACGCCGCCCAGAUGCUGAUAGCGCUGUCGGUGGUCGAGUGCCAGGACGCGGAGGUGGCCAGGAAGAGAACGUGAGGCGCCGCAGUGAACGCCGUGAGGCCCGAGAAAGCGGCAGCUGCCCCCGUCUCUCCCCCCCCCCCCCCCCCGAGUGAUCGUGGACACAUCUCAC